AUGUUCUGCGAAGAUGGCUACAAAUAUUGCGGGAAAAAGAAGGAUGGCGAGUGCCAGUGUGGGCGAUUGCGGAGUCGCGGGAAGGCGCCAGCCCUGGCCCAGGCAGGUCCGGAGCUCAUGGAACAGAUCGGGAACCUCUUCGAGCAAAAGGCCGAGGGCAUCGUCGGCAGGCUCGAGACGCGCAUCGCCAAGAACGAAGAGGGACCGAGGAGGCGCGCAAGCGUCUUGACAAUCAGUAUGAACGCUUACGUGAAAUGGACAGGGAGGUCGCUGCAGAUCAAGAACAUCUGCGAUUCCAAGGAGAAGGCGGAGAAGGGCAUGAACGGGGAGAAGGCAGAGUUUGCGAAUACCCCGCGCGGGCAUCCUCCGAGUUUGCAGACGAAGGUCACGACGAUUCACGCCAGGGGUUCAGGGUGCACAAAUUUUAUCAUCAUGGUCGAGCCGGGCUUCGGGGAGGAAGUCUCAUCGAUUUACAAAGACCUCCUUGAGGAUCCAGCCAUUCAUUGGAACGGAAGGGAGCUUUACACCACAUGCGAGAGGCACCCGGACGUUCAGAAGCUAUAUGCAGCGGGUGGCAAGGCGCGGGCAUUCGCCCAGUCAAAGAUCCAGUCCGCGGGCGCGAAGGCUGAGUGCUCACGGGGGCCGCGCUGGUUGUUGGCAGUAUUUGCAGACGACGCGUUCACUACCGUCGGUGAUGCGACGACAAAUGGCAUCGUCAUUUGGUCCAUCGACGGGUGCCAGAAGGCGUUCGACACUAGUGCCCCGGAGAUGCAGCGCGGCCCAGCUGGCUUUCGCCAGAUGCUGGGCUCGGAUAGCAUCAUCGACGUCGACAGUUUCACCGCGGCGGGCUCGGGCACUUGCAAAAUGGGGAAGUCCGCUGUGCACCGGGUUACUGGGGAGCUGCGUUCGCAGUUGGGGAAUUUGCGCGGCGCCGUUGCAGGGGGCGUGUCAUAUUGA